UUUUGAAGCUGAAGACAAAGACAUUUAAUGGAUCCAGUUGUUCCAAAAGAUACAAUCUUGUUUAAUACAGUGCGUGUGUAAAAGGAAGAAAAAAUAAAGCCCAAAAUAGUUAAUUGAAUGAUGCACAUAUUUCAACAGUGAUAAACGGGUAAACAAAGAUAUAGCUUACAUCAUACACUUGAUAUGACAAUUUAUUUUUUGUCCUUGAACUAGGCUUGUUUGGUUCAGUAUAAAUAUGGUACGCCUAGUAUCACAGCUGAUUUAAGUACAGUAUAUGAAAGUGAGAGUACUACUAUAGCUGUACGGGAGAAUAGAUUAUUAAGUACAUUAGAAAUGGUAGAUCAUGUGUUUAAACUUGCGACCAAAUCAUGUCACAUGUAUGACUAAUACAAAUGUAUGUACAUCUUGUUUACUUAUUUCAAUGUACAUAAAUGACCUGUAAAAACCAGAAGAAUCAGGCUUAGCAUUGCUGUACUAUAUAAUUAUAAACAUUGUGUUAACAGGUCAUAUGAGUUUGUUGUAUACAGUGGGAAAAAGGGAGUAUUAAAGUAAAUCAUACUCGGAUAAUGUGAAAAUGACAUAUUAAGUGGUUUUAAGUGUUCAAAUACAAUUCAGAUUGAUAAAAAUCGGCUCGUCAACACUGUGAAUAAGCAGUAAAAAGAUGGCAUCUUUGCUGAUUGAGAAUAGAGGCGAAGGAAGUUCCGUUCUCGGAUCGGAGUUUGUAAACAAUGAGAAUUAUGGGAGUCAUGCUAGUAUAUCAGAUGAUGGAGUAAGCCAAGCAAACAGUGAUGAUGUCCCUCUGAUACAUUCUCCGAUGGUUUGGCGACUUCCAAGACACAUGAGUAUGAGGACCAUAUCUGUCUCAGAGAACGCGCGGAGGACGCUGAACACGUUUUCGGGAGUUUUCUGUCCAGUUGCUCUCUCAAUGUUCAGCACAUUUCUCUUCCUUCGAAUAGGACUCGUGAUUGGCCAGGCGGGCAUUCUGAUCACCAUUGUCCAGAUGCUAUUGGCCUACUUGAUCCUGUUACUGACAGUGUUCAGCAUCUGUGCCAUUUCAACCAAUGGAGCGGUGGAAGGGGGUGGAGCCUAUUACAUGAUAAGUCGUGCGCUGGGCCCUGAGUUUGGAGGCAGUAUUGGUUUCCUGUUCUAUGUGGCGAAUGUACUGGCGUGUGCGCUGUACGUGACAGGUUUUACCGAGGCGAUCAUGGAAAACUUUUCACAAGGAGGUACAUAUGUGUCGGCGACAACCGGUUUGCCGACGGAUGCCGACGGGGCUUGGUGGAAGUACCUCUACGCCUCAGUUGUGCUGCUUAUUUGUCUUCUGGUCUGCAUGGUCGGAGGUUCCCUGUUUGCCAAAACACUCACCGUCAUUCUCCUGAUCACGAUAGUGUGCACCCUGUCUGUGUUCAUCAGUGUGUUUGCGGAAAACAAAGAAGAGCAGAUAGGAAUUCCGAAGGAGAACACACGCUUUAAUUCUUCCAACUUAACGUUUGCUUACACGGGACUCAGGGCGAAAACAUUCCACCAAAACGCAUUCUUGCGUUACACGAACGCCUCCGGAGUGGACAUCGAGUCUUUCCAAGUGGAUUACAGCACGGGAAAAGUGAUGAACUUUGAAACAGUCUUUGCUAUCCUGUUUAGCAGUGUCACUGGAAUCAUGAACGGGGCCAAUAUGUCAGGUGAGCUGAAGGACCCUAGCAAGUCUAUCCCGAAGGGAACGCUGGCAGCCAUAUGUUUCACGUUCUGUACCUACUUUAUACUCGUCAUUCUUGUCGGAGGCUCCUGUUCCAGGGACCUUUUGAUCAACAACUACCUGUUUCUCCAGGAUAUCAACUGGUGGAGUGGCUUUGUCUUGAUUGGAAUAUUUGCCACAACCCUCUCUGCAGCUCUAGGGAACCUCAUCGGGGCCUCAAGGAUAUUGGAGGCCCUGGCUAAUGAUCGGCUGUUUGGAAUUGUGUUAAACCCAGCCACAAAAACUACCAGAGGAGGUAACCCAUAUGGGGCUGUGCUGAUUUCUUGGUUCCUUGUUCAGCUGGUAUUAUUGGUUGGUUCCUUGAACGCAAUAGCCCCGCCAACCACAGUGUUCUUCCUGCUCUCGUACGCCUCGACCAAUCUCGCGUGUGCGGCCCUGGAUCUCGCCUCGGCACCAAACUUCAGGCCAACGUUUAAGUACUUCAGCUGGCAUACUUCCUUGUUGGGCUUGCUUGGUUGUAUGGUGAUGUGUUUCCUUAUAUCAUCUAUCUACACGUCCGUGGCAAUCAUCAUCAUGCUAGUGUUGAUCAUAGUUCUCCAUCUUCGAUCUGUACCGAGCGAGUGGGGAUCUAUAAGUCAGGCCUUGAUUUUUCACCAGGUACGAAAAUACCUACUGAUGUUGGACAUCAGAAAGUCCCAUGUCAAGUACUGGCGUCCACAGAUUCUUCUGAUGGUCUCGAGACCCAAACAAUCUCCAGAACUCAUUGACUUUAUCAACGAUAUCAAGAAGGGUGGUUUAUACGUCAUAGGGCAUGUACGUAAAGGUCACCUUGACGACUUCAAAGAAAACGACCCAUUGUAUGAGGAAAACCUCCGGUGGAUGAAGUUAGUGGAUCGACUACAGAUUAAGGCCUUCGUUGAACUGACCCUUGCUCGGACGAUAUGCGACGGGCUUCAUAAUUUGAUACGCUCUGCAGGGAUUGGAGGCUUAAAGACAAAUACUGUGUGUCUGGGAUUUUACGAUAAUCACACGCCAGAGGACGCAUUGGCCAAGUUCCAUUAUCGAAGAAAGCGCUUUUUCGGAACGGUUUCACAUACAGGGCAGCCAUUAGAUGUCGGGGAGAAUUUUAGAGGGACAAGAAAUGGCGAUAAAGACUUGGCUGGUACAGAGUAUGUGAAGAUGAUUGCUGAUUCACUGAAAAUGCACAAGAACGUGAUGCUUUGUCGUCAUUUCCAUCAGCUUGAUAAAGAAUCCAUUAAAGCAACAAAGGGGACUUUGUUUAUUGAUGUUUGGCCUGUGAACUUCUUCCGACCAGAAACUGCAAGUUAUUUUGACAACACAUGUCUCUUCCUACUUCAGCUUGCUUGCAUCAUCAACAUGGUCCCUGGCUGGAAAUCUAAAGCACGCCUUAGAGUUUUCCUAUUUGUCAACGCACACUCCGAAAAUGCGACGAACAAAGAGCACAAACUAGAAAACUAUUUACGUCAGCUACGAAUUAAUGCCAAAAUCCAGGUUGUUUCAUGGGAAUCCAUCGCUCAAAGCAUGGUUUCAAAGGAAUUUGAUCUCAGUGUCAAUUAUUCCGAAAGUCGCAUGCAAGAAUAUAACCACAUUUCCACAGACUUUCUUCAAGCGAUAAAUAAAACAAUUGUGUCGUUUUCAAAAAGAACUGCCGUGACAUUUUUGUACCUCCCGCGACCUCCAGAAGAGAACGUUGAUUACGAGCGGUACCUCGCGCAGUUGGAUGGACUUUCGGACAAUCUUCCACCCACAGUGUUUGUACAUGGCUUACAUCCGGUGACAUCGACUACGCUUUAAUGAUAGGCAGGGGACUAGUUGCAAUUUAAGAAAAUUUACUUCGUAUCUCAGUUGAUUUGAUGUUCCAAGGCACUAAAUGUCGGUUGAUAUUGAUAACAAACUUUGAGUAAAUUCUUUUGAGGUCCGUAAGAUGAGAAAAUUAUUUUACUAUGAUAUUAAUAUUCAGUGUGUUUGGUGGAAAUGCCUUCUGAUUUAAUGAACAAAUUUCUAGCAAUUUUUCUUGCAAUUAUGGUUUGUGUAAUAAUUAUUUAUACAUGUGUAUCUAUAUAUAUAUAUAUAUAUAUAUCACUUUUUUCUUUAUUCAUCAAAUUUAGUCUAGAUGAUAAUAAUUAUAUACAUUCAAAUUAUGUGCUCCUACCAUCGGCGUAGCUCCAAUAGGCACGGUAGGCCCGGGCCUACACUUCUUUUCCAAAAAUGAAAAAUACAAAACGUCCAAAUCUGCAAUAAUAACUGAAAGGUAAGGGGUGACAGCUUAAUUAACAUUCAAGUGAACACUACAUGUUAACUAAGCAUGUUUUUUCUAAUAAGUUUUGUAUUUCAGUCCUGUUAUUGUACAUCAUAAGCAAGACAACAAUAAAGUUUAGUGAAGUGCAUUAUAAUUUUACUCCAGAUAUAAGCUAAAACGCACCAUAUUCGAUCUGGAGUAAAAACAAAUCCCGGGGGAGGUCCCCCAAACCCCCCUACCAAGUGGGCCUAUACUUUUUAAUAGGCAAAGCUACGCCCCUGCCUACCUUGUGGGAGUGUUUAAAGGCCGACACUAUACAUUAAGGUUGAUGGAAAUAUUCUUUUUUUUAAAUAAUUUAUAUGUUGUUGAACACAUUUGACUUGAAUAAUCAAAUAAAAAAAGCAUAUGAUAUGAAUACAGAUGAACAAAUAUAAGCCUUUGAUUUUUUUCUUAUUAACAGCUACGUGGCCACAAAUUCCACAGUUAAAAAAGCGCCAACAUAAAGCUAAAUCAAUAUAUUUUAUGGGACACGAGAACAUACAUUAUGGCAUGUGCCGGAAUAAGAAUUCUGGCUUGUUGAAUCAAAAGUCCAAUGACUGCUGUAAUUUUGUCUUGGUAAUUUAACAUACAGGCGAACCCCAUUGGCUUGAAGUCCUAGGGACCAGCGGAAAAUACCUCGAGCCUCGGGGAAUUCAAACCAAGCUGGAAUGCUAACCUUCCAUAUUAAAAAAAUAAAUCCUUUACAUCCAUUUCGAGCCAAGCGAGUUCGAGUCAACAGGGUUUGACUGUAUUGCCAUGAUAAAAUACUCAAAGUUGUAAAACAUUAUAAGAUUGGACAAAGGAGAUUAAAGUGGCUACAAGAUUUCCAUACUUUUUCCUGUAUACUUGUUUGUUUUACAUAAUAAUAUAAUAUUUGCACUUGUGGGUCUAUUGCAUUGAUUAAUGGAUAAUGUUUAAAUAUUCAUAAUUUCUGUAUGAUUUAUGUGUCCUAUGAAAACUGAUGGUGUCUGUGUAAUUCAGUGAUUGUUGUAUUUUGUCAGUUAGUCUUUCUUGUUGCCAUAAAUUACCUUGUCAGAUGUUCUCUGUAUAUGUAAAGAUUUAAUUGAUGAAAGUUUUGUUAAGAAGAGCGAAUAUGCAUGUUUAUUUUGAAAUGUAUAUAUGCCACAGAGUUGUAUUCAUGUUCACUCAUUAUUCCAUGGGCUUAUUUUCAUUGUACACUUAUAAUGCCAUGGGGAUAAUAUUCAUUGUUCACUCAUUAUUCCAUGGGAUUAUUAUUAUUGUACACUCAUUAUACCAUGGGUUUAUCUUCAUUGUACACUUAUAAUGCCAUGGGGUUAUUUUCAUUGUACACUUAUAAUGCCAUGGGCUUAUUUUCAUUGUACACUUAUUAUGCCAUGGGAUUAUUAUUAUUGUACACUAAAUUAUGCCAUGGGCUUCUAUUUAUUGUACACAAAUUUGGCCCUGGGUUUAUAUUAAUUGUACACUAAUAAUGCCAUGGAAUUUUAUUCAUUGUUCACUCAUAACAACAUGGGAUUAUAUUCAUUGUACACUAGUUAUGUCAUGUCAUUAGAUUCCUCAUUCACUCAUAAUGCCAUGGGCUUAUAUUCAUUGUUCUCUUAUUAUGCCAUGGGUUGAUAUUUAUUGUACAUUUACUAUGUCAUGUGAUUUUAUUUAUUGUACACUUAUCAUGUCAUGUAAUAAUAAUUAUUUUGCACUAACUACACCAUGGGGUAAUAUUUAUUGUACAUCCUACACUGCAAUUCUGUGUGCCUUUGACAUUUUCAUGUAGAACAUCAUUUAUUUUUAUAUUUUUCAUUCUCAUGCUUUAAAUACAGUUUAAAUGGUAGCCUACAAUAUGAUAAUGAAAUACUUUCAAAGCCUAUCCUUUUGUUGAUGAUGAAAUUACUGUUUGUCGUCUUAAAUGAAAAAAUGUAUAUGUCUCUAAACAUAUCUUUUUUUAUAAUAAGCUUUCUGGUGGAUUAUGGAAUUUAAUCAGUGAAAUAAAGCUGAUAUUUUUCGGGUUUUAUCAGCGCAAAAUCAUUUUGAUAUUUUUCUCUCUUUUGAAAGUUUAGUCUGCUGUCACUUCAGCAUCAAAUUAAAUCUUUAAUUAUAAAUGUAGCUUUAAGAACUAUUCUUAAGCUUGUAAUUUAUCUCUGUUUUCAACCAGAAUACAAUACAUUAUUUAAUAUACGCAUGAUUUUCUGCUUUGAUUAUUUGGAAGAACACUGUUUGCUUUAUGAUGAAGCAUGCGCCGGCAAUAAAACUGCA